AUUCUGGUUGCAAUUCCGUCACCCACCAUUUCUCUCAUUACACCAGCCAUCCCGCUCCAUUGCAUUUCAUUUUGAUGCUAUUGUUAGACUUGAAGCACUCCGGUCUUGCUGCUAAGCUAUAUUUCAUCUAUCGGGCAUUCGCAGUGGUACUCUCCCCUUGUCACAGCAGCCUCACCGAUCCUCACUGGCGCUUCUUUUCUUUCUGUGGCAUUCGAACUUUGAGCCAACCUCACGCCCACCCUCCUUCGUCUCACGACAUUUCACUGUACCGAAGGAAGAGCACCCGGUUCAACAUCUAUUGAAUCUUUGUCGAACCCAUCCAACAACAACCCGGCGCAGCCGGAACGACAACCAAGGUCUUGGGCUCAAUACAGAAAGUCCAAUAACUCCACGAUGGCACUGGUCCCUCAUCCAUCUCCACCAGGUGUCCUGGGCUUGCAUCAAGGAGGUCAUUUUGGCCAGAUGAACGGCGCUGCUCCUGUUGACGCUCACAUGCAGAGGCAGCGUUUGUUGGCGCAGUUGAACGAGUCGACCUGGCAAAGAAUCGGCUCCCUGAAUGAACUGCUGGGUGACCACGAGGGUGCUCUUUUCGCCUACGAGCAAGCAUUGCGACACAACCAGUGGUCUACACAAACAUUGAAUGCCAUUUCUUGCAUUCUUCGCACCAAGGAAAAGUAUCCAGAAGCGAUGGAGUAUCUCAAGAACAUACUCAAGGUUGAACCCGCCAAUGGGGAAGCUUGGGGCAACCUUGGACAUUGCUAUCUGAUGAUGGACAAUCUUCAAGAAGCCUACACUGCAUAUCAACAAGCCCUAUACUAUCUUCCGGACCCGAAGGAACCCAAAUUGUGGUACGGCAUAGGAAUUCUAUACGAUCGGUAUGGCUCGCUCGAGCACGCUGAGGAGGCCUUCUCCCAAGUCAUGCGAAUGCAGCCAGAUUUCGAAAAGGCCAAUGAGAUCUACUUCAGACUCGGCAUAAUCUAUAAGCAGCAGCAAAAGUUUCAACAAAGUCUUGAGUGCUUCAAAUACAUUGUCAAUGACCCUCCGCGACCUCUGGCUGAGGAGGACAUUUGGUUUCAGAUUGGUCAUGUCUACGAGCAACAAAAAGAUUUUGAAGCUGCUAAGUCUGCAUAUCGUCGAGUGUUGGAGAGAGAUCCCAAACACGCCAAAGUCCUGCAACAACUGGGGUGGUUGCAUCACCAGCAGAGCAACAGCUACACCAGCCAAGAGCAGGCCAUCGAAUAUCUUGAACAAUCUGUUAGCUCAGACAAUCAAGACGCACAAAGUUGGUAUCUCUUAGGUCGGUGUUACAUGGCCCAGCAGAAAUUUCCCAAGGCAUAUGAAGCAUAUCAACAGGCCGUUUACCGUGAUGGUCGAAAUCCAACCUUUUGGUGCUCAAUUGGUGUGCUUUAUUACCAAAUUAACCAGUAUCGAGAUGCGCUCGAUGCUUACUCUCGAGCGAUUCGCCUCAACCCAUACAUAUCCGAGGUCUGGUACGAUCUGGGAACUCUGUACGAAUCCUGCAACAACCAGACAUCAGAUGCGCUUGAUGCGUAUGCCAGGGCUGCUGAGCUUGAUCCGACCAAUGCUCACAUCAAAGCUCGCCUUGCGCUGCUUAGGAGUGGUGCAGCUACAGGUCCGAAUCAGCACAAUGCCCCGGUUCCCCAGGAUGUUCAUCCUCAGGCAUAUCAAAACAACGUACAAGGUCCUCCUGGUCCUCAGUGGGGUGCACCGGCAGCAUCGGCCCAUCCAUCUCAAGCACCAGCUGUAGACCCAGCCCGCGUUUCUGACUGGACGAGGGGUAUUGCUGGAAUCCAACAACCGACUGGCCCCCAAAAUGGCUUUGACGGCCGUGACAAUAUGCGAGCCCCUCCACCACGCAUCUCUUCGCCUAGACAAGACGCACCAAGGCCUUAUGGCGAAUCUUCUCGGCAUACCCCAGUCCGCAAACAGUCUCCUUCUCCCAAGAUGCAGCCAUCUGUACCUCCAAUGUAUGCUUCCGGGCCUGGACCCCAGACAUUACCCCAGAUCUCCGUCCAGGAUAGAGGUCCAAGCUUCGGCUCCGGUGUUCGACCUUCACCCACUAUGAAUGGUGCUCCUCCUCCUCCACAAGUGAACGGCUCGGGUCCGGGCGCCACACUACCUCCUUAUGGACGACCAUUCAGUCCUCCGGGCGAGUUGAGACCCCUUCGUGAUGAUCGACCUCAAUCGCCAGGCGCAUCAUUUAGAAAUCAGCCCUACCAGCCUGGAGCUCCCUUCCCAAGCAUCUCCAACGGUGCACCACCAGCGCAACCGCUACCGCCAGUAGAGGGCCCCCCUCGGGAUGAUCGUCCUCUGUCAGCCAUGAAAAGAUCUAGAGAAUGGGAAGCAGAACCUGGUCCUUCGAAGAAGGCAGCUAACGAGGAGACUCGCGCCCGUCUGGAUGACCUCAACCGACGAAACAGUCCUCCAGGCCGAGUUCCAACCCCUAAAGACCCGUUCCGUCGUAGCUCGUCAGAGAUCCGAAGGGAGAAUGAGCGUAGGGCAAACGAGAACUAUCACCCUUCAGAGGCUGCCCAUCAUCCUUAUAGCCUCGCCCCUCAAAAUAUCCCAUCCAUGCAGUCAAUUCUGGAUGGGUCCAAAGAGGAACGUAAGGAACAUGUUGAACAAGCUGCGCGUAAAGUGGAGGUGGAUGAGGACUAUGACAACAACAGUGAGGAUGAAAAGAGAAUUGCGGCACAGGCGGCCACAAGCAGCCCAAGAGGCCAUGCGCCGGCACCAUCAGCGACACCAAAGCCAGAACUUGCCGUGUAGCGUUGAUAGUUUUCAUUUUACCAGGAGUAUUUCUUGUGAGAAUCAUGCUUUCAUCAA